AUGCCGCCACUCACAAAAACCCAACUUGACCAACUAUGGGCGCGGAACUCCCAAGUGCCUGCUGCCACUUCUACCAGCGUUCAAGAGCUGAUCGCCCUGCGAGCCGGCACACAGAGCAACCAACCAGCUAUCACGGCGUGGGAUGGUGAUUACAGCUACGGACAACUCAUGCAUUUGGCAUCAAGUCUAGCCGACCACUUGGCUCGAAAUGUCUGCCCACACCACGGCAGGGUGCUGCCAAUCGUGAUGGAAAAGUCAAAAUGGGUGCCAGUAGCCAUGUUAGGGGCCUUGAUUGGAGGCUGGGGAAUAGCUCCUUUGGACAUCAAUACGCCAACGGCUAGGCUCGCUAUAAUCCUAGACAUGCUGGAUCCACCUUGCAUUCUCACGACAUCUGAGGUCAGAAUAAAAGUCAAUACUGUGGUACCAGCCCUUCCUGUGGAUGGGCUAGGCCUCAAAGACCAGUCGCUGAGUUAUACGGAGCAGCCGGCUCAGAGGAUAUCCAUGUCCGCAAAAGUUGCGGCUGUUGUGUUUACAUCAGGCAGCACUGGAUCGCCAAAAGGUGUGAUGCUGGGCCCAGAAUGCAUCUCGACCGCUGCCGUGUGCGGGUCUCAAAUCCUCCGGCUCGGCCAAGGCUCUCGGGUAUUUCAGUUUUCGUCCUUCUCAUUCGACAUCAGUCUACAUGAGAUUUUCAUGACUCUGGUAGCUGGUGGGUGUCUUUGCAUUCCUUCAGAGACGGAGAGGAUAGACAGCCCCGUCGAAGCCAUCAAAAGGAUGCAGGCAAAUUACAUUUGCACUACCCCGUCCGUCAUGAUGUCCGUGCUGGCUGAAGCUGUUGCCUCGACUCCAAUAAAAGCAAUUGUGCUCACGGGCGAGGCACUUACAUCCCGAAUUCGCCCUUUGUUCUACAAGGGGCUGUGCAUAUUCAGUUGGUACGGAGCCUCGGAGUGUCCCAUUGUUGCCCUUGCACCCUUGAUUGAGGCGCAUUGGGCACCUUCGCAAAUAAGUUGUCGGUAUCCGGGAAACUGCUGGGUCGUUUGUUCCGAGGAUUCAGAUGUCCUCUGUGGUUUCGGUGAGGUGGGGGAGUUGCUAGUAGAGAGUCCGAUGCUGACAUUGGGCUAUCUGAACGCACCGCAGCAAACAGAGGCAGCCUUUUCUGUUGAUCCAGCAUGGCUAAAUCAUGGUCAUGGCCGUGUUCCCGGCCGACGAGGCAGGUUAUAUAGAACUGGAGAUCUUGUGCGAAACAACCAAGAUUGGACAUUCGACUACAUCGGCCGUAAGGAUACCAUGGUCAAGAUCCGAGGCCAGCGUGUCGAUCUGAGCGCGGUUGAGUUUUGCAUCUGGGAUUAUCUGCGGUUACGAGAUCUAGAUUCGCCCGUUCGAGUGAUGGACGUAGUCGUUGAGCCGAUAAAUUCCAACAGAGACACUGACAGUUUGAGUGUUUCCUGCUUUUUAUACGUGGACCGGCAACUGAGUCUUAGAUCCCCUCGCUUUUCACAGAAGUGUAUAGUCAAAUCUACAACCCUCCCAUGCGUCGAUAUCUAUGCUCCCCACGCAUCGUUGCGGGAAAUUCAGUCAGGGAUAGAUGGUGCAUUGCGGACCACACUGCCCGCGUAUAUGGUGCCGUCACUAUAUUUCGAAUUGUCGAAAGUGCCCCUAACUCCAUCUGGAAAAGUUGACAGAAGGCUUCUGCACUCUCUAGCAUCGCAGAUAUCCAGCCAUGACUUGCUGAAAUGCCGUCUAUUUUCACGAGAAGAUCAUACUCCACCACAUAAUGACAUGGAAUCGGCGCUUCAGCGACUUUGGGGGGAAGUGUUAGGGGUGGAGACGACUGCGAUUGACACAAACAGAAGCUUCCUUGAAUGUGGCGGAGAUUCUCUUAGUGCCAUCCUCCUCUCCAAGGCAUUAUCAAGAGAGUUUGAUUUGCCCACCAAAGUCCCACAGCUCUUGCGCCGAGAGACUACGAUUCAAUACCUUGCAACACUGCUGGGGCAGCCCAAAUGUGGCCAGACGGGUGCUGAACCGCGGAUGGACAUAGCUACUGUUCUCAAGGCGUGGGUAACAAGACUUGGAAUGGUAUCCGCGGGUCUUCCAACCGCUCCCUGUCUGAGAAAUCGGGGCUCCCAGGUAUUACUGACGGGUGCGACCGGGUAUCUGGGGACACAUAUCUUGGGCGAGCUGCUCAACGGCCACUGGGUGAGCAAGGUCAUUGUCCUAGUAAGGGCAGCAGACGUCGGCCUUGCGGAAGAGCGGGUUCGUGGAGUCGCAAUUACUGCAGGGUGGUGGCAGCAGAGUGCGUUCUGCCGUAUUGAGGUAUGGGUAGGGAACCUAGCCGAGCCACGAUUGGGACUUGAACAAGACAAAUGGGCUGAGAUUUCGAAUAUUGAUAUCAUCAUUCAUAACGGUGCUGUUGUUAACUAUAGCGCCGACUACGAUGCCCUAGAAAGAGCAAAUGUCAUCUCAACAUUCCAUUUACUAGAGGCUGCUCUUCAAUCCCAGCACCUCCGCGCCUUCAUCUAUAUUUCUGGCGGCAUUAAAAAAGGCCAGGGCCAGUCAGACGCAGAGUAUCUGCGGACUCUAAAUGAGUCUGAAGGUUACAGCCAGACCAAAUAUAUGUCGGAGCAACUAACAUUAGCUGCGGGCCGUCUAUACCACGAAAACGUCCAGUCUCCUUCCGGACACGGCGCAGAGCUGAACCCAGCGAAUAGGACUCGCACCUUUGCGGUCAUUAAACCUGGCUACAUCGUUGGUGAUCAGGCGACUGGCCUCUCCAACACCGACGACUUCAUCUGGAAGUUGGUCGCCGGCGCUAUUCGCAUGGGCUCCUUUCCUUCUGAUCCCCCGGGAUAUUGGUUGGAUAUAGCCGAGGUCACUUAUGUGGCAAGGCAUAUAGCUCACAGAGCACAACAAGGUGCAACCAAUGCUUCUCCCCAGCUCAUGACUCCGCCCAGUUCUAGCCACAGUGACUGCUCUAGUUCCAGCGCUGACGAUUCUCGAGGCAAUGGAACAACGAGCUCGACUGUGAUAUUCGAUGAGAUGAGCCGCGGUUUGCCAGUCGAUAUGUUUUGGCAUGCUGUCCAGUCACAAGCUCAACUUUCUCUUAAACAAAUGGACUGGGACUCGUGGAUAGGCCAAGCCCAGAUUGAGCUUGAGCGAGACAAUGAAGCACACCCUUUGUGGGGUAUUCAGCUGCUUUUGGGGCCCAGCCUUGGUAAUCCCUGUGGAAUAUCGACUGAAGAAGGCAGGGCUAGAUCGAUGGGAGCUUCCGGUUCCCAUGGCGAGGUUGAAGCGGCGGUACGACGCUGUGUACAGUAUCUCUGCAAGAUCCAUUUCAUUGUCCUUCCACUCAAGGAAGAGGCAAUCUUGAAGUCUUCAGACCCGCAUGAAAAGAAUAUGGUCAACGACAUUGAUGACGGUCUCACAGGCGACGAAGAACAUUUGCCAAAAAGAAGAGCAAUGGGAAGCAACCCAGACGGACGUCAUCAUCCCAUAAUAAGUCGAUCCAAGUUGACAUACUGGAACUGA